AUGAUGGGAAUCGUAUAUCGUAAUCUCAAGCUUGAAAAUGUAUUAGUUCGAGCGGAUGGUCAUAUAAUGUUGACUGAUUUUGACCUCUCUUUAAGGUGUGAUGACUCAACGUCUACAUUGGUACAAGUAAUUUCUACUCAAAAUAAGUCCAAUGCACUACCACAAAGCGAAUAUAGAAUCGAGCCACCCUCGUUUGGCUCAACUUCUAGCAUUCUUCCCAACUAUAUAGUCCCUUUUGUAUCAUGCUUCCAUCCUAGGAGCAAGCAUAAAAAGAAGCAAAGCCACCACGCAGGUCGGGAACUUGUGGCCGAGCCGAUUGAUGUUCGAUCGAUGUCGUUUGUCAGGAUCCACGAGUACUUGGCCCCAGAGAUAGUAUCCGAGGAAUGCCAUGGCAGUGCAGUGGACUGGUGGACCUUAGGGAUAUUCAUUUUCGAGUUGUUUUAUAGUGUGACACCAUUUCGAGGUAUGGACGACGAGUUAACCUUAGCGAACAUCAUUGCUCGAGCCCUUGAGUUUCCAAAGAGCCUGUUAUACUCGCCACAGCAAAGGACUUAA